GGCAAGCUUUCGCUGGUUUUAAGAGAGAGAAAAAAAAAAAAAACGAGAUUGUUUCAAGUUGAACUAUCAGAACGACACUUGUUCCGUUGCUCUCUCUCUCGUUCCUCCCAAUUUCCUUCAUUAGGGUUAGGGUUCUUUUCCCUCUCGCCUUUCUUUUUCUUAUUUCUUUGGUUUUGCAUUGCGGAGAAAAGCUGAAAAUCGAGCUCUUCGUGUUUUUUUUAGGCUUAGAAAAUGUUAGGUACAGAAAGUUCAGAAGAUGGUGGUGCGCAUGCCGAGCCGCCUGAUCCUGAUGUUCUCGAGAUUGAUCCAACUUCUCGAUACAUAAGGUAUAAUGAAGUGCUUGGGAGAGGCGCCUUCAAGACGGUUUACAAGGCAUUUGAUGAAGCUAAUGGAAUUGAAGUGGCAUGGAACCAAGUUCGGAUUGAUGAGGUACUACAGAAGCCAGAAGACUUGGAGAGACUGUAUUCUGAAGUGCGUCUUUUGAAAUCCUUGAAACAUAGUAAUAUUGUAAGGUUUUACAAUUCAUGGAUUGAUGAUAAAAAGAAGACUGUCAAUAUUAUAACGGAGUUGUUCACCUCAGGAAGCCUCAGACAGUACCGUAAGAAACACAAGAAGGUUGACAUGAAGGCUGUGAAGAGUUGGGCAAGACAGAUUUUAACAGGUUUAAAUUACCUGCAUAGUCAUGACCCACCAAUUAUACAUAGGGAUUUGAAGUGUGAUAACAUAUUUAUCAAUGGCAACCAAGGUGAAGUUAAAAUUGGUGAUCUUGGGUUGGCAACUGUUUUGGAGCAGUCUAAUGCCAAAAGUGUGAUUGGAACCCCUGAAUUUAUGGCACCAGAGCUGUAUGAUGAGAAUUACAAUGAGUUGGUUGAUAUAUAUUCCUUUGGAAUGUGCAUGCUGGAGAUGGUGACUUUUGAAUAUCCUUACAGCGAGUGUAGAAACUCAGCUCAGAUAUAUAAGAAAGUUUCAUGUGGAAUAAAGCCCGCUGCCCUUUCUAGGGUUAAUGAUCAAGAGAUGAAACUAUUUAUUGAGAAGUGUUUAGUCCCAGCACCUCAAAGAUUAUCAGCAAAGGAGCUUUUAAUGGACCCCUUUCUUCAAGCAAAUGGAUCAGCAAAGAAUCGUCCUUUUCCACUCCCUGAUAUUGUUAUGCCCAAAUUGGGAGCCUUUGGAGACCGCUGCCUGAUGUCAGAAGCACCUGCUUCUGCAAGGAAUAGACCAUCCUUUGUGGAUCUUGAUAGUGAUAGCGAGCUGCCUGUUAUCCAUUCUCUUGAUAAUUCCUUGGGCAUGGAGGUUCGAAGGACAAAAAAAGGCAACCUUUUCUUGUUAAAAGGCGAGGGAAAUGAUGAAAACUCAGUAUCAUUAAUACUUCGAAUAGCUGAUCAGAAUGGUCGUGUGAGAAACAUUCAUUUCCUCUUCUUCCUUGAUAGUGAUACUGCCCUCUCAGUUUCAAGUGAAAUGGUUGAGCAACUGGAACUAGCAGAUCAGAAUGAUGUGUUCAUAGCAGAAUUGAUUGAUUUGUUGUUACUGAAUUUAAUACCCAGUUGGAAACCUUGUGUUCCCAUUAGUCAUCUGGUUCCUCCAAAUAAAACACAAACUUCUUCAAGAGAUUAUCAGAACUCUAAGCCACAAGAAUAUCGGGAGACUUCAUUGGGGUCUUUCCAACGUACCUGUAAAGCUGAUGAUGGUUCACAGUCCAAACUUUGUUGUGACGUUAGCACUUUAAGAGGAUCUGAUGAAUCAACAAGGCAAGCAUUCAGUUCAGUGAGACUUAAUGGAAAAAUGUCUCAUGCUGAUUUUGGUAACCAGAAUACAAUCAUGGCAGAAGAUUCUGGUUCUGAGAUGUCAUUUGCUUCUGCAAACUCUAAUGAGUUGAAUGACAAACUUAGCUCCAUUCAUUCAUCCACGUCCGUCGAAUCAGGGUCUAUGGGAAGUAGUGGAUGCAGGUUUAAAGGAGGUGUGAGCAAAUUGUUGUCUGGAGCAGAAUUGUCCUUUGAUGUGAAGAGUAAGAAUGCGAAUCCAACUGCUGUGUCUUCUCCCACUCGUCCUGACGGAGAUGAGGAAUUAAGAUUGGAGCUGGAAAUGAUUGAGUUGCAGUAUCAGGAGGCAAUGAAAGAAAUAUCCAAGAAAAGACAUGAAGCUAUCAUGGACACCAGAAGAAGAUUGUCCCAGAAAAAGGUGCAGUCAGUUUGCUAGUCCAUCUUCUCCCUUUUUCUCCCCAAAAUUUGUUUUGUAAAUGGUCCUCAAAAGUGUACAUAUUUUGUUAUGGACAGAGAAGCCUCUUGUUUUUUUCCCCCGUUUUUGUGGCUGAGUGGUAGGAAGAGAGAGUCAAUUGUUAAUAUAAUAACUUCUCUUUCACUCUUUUCAGAAAUUGAGCUUGAAGUUGUGUUCUUCAUUUUGCUUUAUCCUAAAGAGUAUAGUGGAUGACAUGACAAUAAAACUGCUUA